AACUUUUAGUAGUACGUUGUGUUAUUUCUUUGACCCGAGGUGAAUAUGGCUUGCAUUUUGUAAUUAUUCGUCGUAUUCACAUAAAAUACAAACCGAUAUCCGUGGAAAUGGAUCCCCUAGAAGGUAGCAGUAAGUUAAGCGAAAUGUUAAAGGUAGAAAUCGAAGUGAAAGAGGAAACCGAUGAUUUCUUCGACAAUUCCUUACUAUUCCCAACAGACCUGAUCUUCGAUGAUACAGAGGUGAUGUCCGAUCCCACUAGUGGGCUAAUGGUCUGCCUGCUAUGCUGGGAGGAGAUGGAACCCAAUGGAGUAGCAGAACAUAUGGUCAAAAUACACAAAUACAGGAAAAUUGUCUACAAAUGCUGGAAUUGCGACACAAUUUUUUACGAACGAGAAGGACUAGUACAACACAGAGAAACGUGCCACCCGAAGAAACCGGUUAAAAAAACGAUGAGGCAGAUAAUAGCGGAGGCAUACCGGACCAACGCUAGCAUGUGCCCGAUAUGUCUCAUACAACUUGACAAUAACCUCAAAGAACAUAUCGAGGCAGAACAUAACAAACCACCGGUUAAAAAAAAGGCUUCAGUUGAAAAUGUCAUCGUUCCUUGUACUGUGUGCCAAAAGCCGUUUAAAUCUAAGAUGACCAUGACACAACACAGAAAGUAUGUCCAUGAAUCCGUCCAGGACUCGUCCGAGUGCAACAUGUGCGGGCAGAAGUUUGCCUCUGUGAAAUAUCUCGCCAACCACGUGAGAAAUGUUCACCCUACUGGCGACAAGGUGCACAAGUGCCAGACGUGCGGCAAAGAUUUCAAGUCGCACCAAUCAUUGUACCAACAUAACAAGAACGUCCACCUCGGAUACUACGCCAAAAAACUUGAAAGGCGACUGGAACGAUUAAAUCAAAGCGACUAAAGCAAGAACCUCUUUUUUGAAGUCGGUUGAAAAUAAAAAAAGUAACAAUUGCGGAUUUUGAGACUUUAUUAUUAUUAGUUAAGGCCUUUGACAAACAAGAGUGGCUCUUAAAUUAAUAGUACACCACACCUCUUCGGCUGCCUACCCCGGUGGGAAAUGGGCGUGAGUUUAUGUUAAUACGUACAUUAAUAUGUAUGUAUUUGUAAUAUGUCACCACCCGUGUAUCCCCGUAGGAAAAGGCAGCAUAGUAUCAGAGUGUUAGUGACAUCGUAACGAAUACUCAGGGGGAUGAUUCAGACCAUGAUUCUGAGUUAAUAUCAAGUGGUAUUCUCCGUCGUAAAAUUCAUGUUUCUUGUUUUUUUUUAAAUUAUUUUAAAUUCUAUACUUCUGCGAUGGAAAAUUCCACUUGAUAUUAACUCGGAAUCGUAGUCUGAAUCAUCCCUCUCAGUAUUCGUUACGGUGUCAUUAUCACCCGUACGUACUUGUAUGGCUACCUGUACUUGUACCGGGUGUAAGUGGCAUCGUAACAAGUACUGAGGGAAUUUCCUGUCGGAAAAUUUAUUUUUUGUAUUUUUUACUUAUUUUAAAUUCCAUAGUUUAUUAUUUAUACAGGGUGUUAUUGACAUCAUAACGAAAAUUUUGAGGUAUUAUUGAGGUAUGGAACUGAAACUAGUCAAAUCAGUUACUUUUUACUAAACGUCGAAACACGAAAUUACUAUGUAAUUGGUAUGAAAAAGCACACUGUGACGUCAUAGAAAAACGCGAUAAAAUGUCGGACUUAUUACGUUUUCUUGAUUUUUUUUCUUGUUUUUUUUUUUAUUUUAUUUAUUUAAAGAAAACAUAUAGCUUUUAUGUUUAAAUAUAACACAUAUAUGUAAUACAAUAGCCAAUCAAGUUUUCACCAAAGAAUAAUACCUGCUAUUGGGUAUUCAAAGAAAAGCAACUCAUAUAAUUAGAGGAAAAAAAAAAACCGAAAAUUUAUGACAAGCGUAUAGUGCCCUAACGUAAAGAUUUUAUAAUUUCUUCUUAAAUUACUUAUCUAUUUUUUAUAUUGUUUUUUCUACCUAUUAAGUUUUGAUUAUUCAUAAAUAAGUUAAAUA